AUGGCCGGGCUCAACCGAAGCGCUCGUGCACCCGCCAACGAUAUCGAUCGGCGGUGGUCGGAGAUACCCUUGUAUCGGCCAGAACAAGACCUGGUGUUCUUCAGCCACAUCCACAAGACUUCGGGGACGUCUCUCAGUUCUCUCUUGGCCAACGUGUUCCCAAGGACGGCAGUCGUGCCCACCUCGCAUCCCUCCAAGGGGCUGCUAGUGAGCCAGCUCCAGGGACACGACUCGGAGUGGUGGCAGCCGUUUCAGUUAAUGUUCUCCCACAACAGAGCAAACGUAACCGACACCAUCGGCAUCCCGCCGACGAAGACACCGAGGGUGCUCAUCACCAUACGAAACCCCCUCCUGCACAAGGCCUCCAUUUUCUUCGAGUCCGUCUGCAGGUUCGGCAAGCACAUCAGCGACGACGGAACGAUCGACCAAGAAGCAGCGACCCUCGCUAGAGUCAAUGGAAGCGGGGUAGAUACCGAGCAGUACAAUUUCUGCCGAGACCCGGAGAUGUGGGUCGGUUCCAAACAGUUCGACAAGGUCUACAGGAACUUCGAGGCACGCUGGUUGUCCUACGGGGCGGCAGAAGGCCACCCUUGCAUCAGACCCGACCCGGAGUUCAACCGAUGGAGGGUUGACGACACCGAUGUUGGGGGGACGUGCAAAGCCAUCAAGGCUUCCGGCCAGGACGCGGACGUGUGGGCGGCGUAUUUCGAGCGAACCGCUGACGCCGCGAUUCGGAGGAUGGAAGGGGCGCUGUGGGUGGGGGUGACGGAGCGCAUGGAGGAGUCGCUCUGCCUGCUGUUCCUGACGCUCGGGAAGAAGGAGAGCGAGAUGCCGCAGCACCGACUCAAGAUCCCGAGGCCAAUAACGGUGUGGCACGAUAAGGCGAAGGAGAAAGCGGUGUCGUACGACAGGGCGGACUGGAGGGUUUUCGAAGCCGCGAAUGACUUUCUCGACCUCCGCCUGUGGACGGCGCGGGAAAGGUUGAAAGGCGCGGGAGAUGAGGAACGCGCGAGGCUAGGCGAUCACUGUUUCCAAGUCCUCGCUGGAACGGGCGGUAGCGGUGGCGAGUAAGCGAUGCCCCAGAACCGGUUGCGUGUCUUAUGGGUGCGUAAGUUCCAACGGAUUUUUCCCAAGGUCGGGUAUGAGGAGCUUGGGUUGUCUCUCCCAGGGUCAUUUGCCUUGUUGUCUGUACCGUGUUGUUUAUUGGCAUAGCUCUCUCAGGCGCCAAGAAGCGUUGUCGUUCUAGCAUAUGGGGCGCUUAAGUUCGUUUCUUUAUAUUGUUGUUAUUGUUGCUGGUGCGCGGUUGUUGUCUAUUCUCCCCCUACUCCCAAGCGUCUGGCUUGAUGUCGACCGCCCUCCGACCUGAACGCCAGGCGAUAGUCGGAGGGAUGAGGUGUGUCGGUGACGCUCCGAGUAAUUGGGUUUAUUGCAGUAGUGUAUACGGGGUUUUGUUGCUUGGUGUUUUCGUCCCCCUUUAACUGAUACGGUACCCUGGUGUGAAACCCAGCCCUUUCCACUGUGGUUCGUUGCCUUUGGUUGACAUGGCGCUCUCUACCGUGGAACUCCGCCAUGAAGACGUACCGUAGAUGACGGAAGAUACCGCACCCUCGACUGGUUUUCAAAAGCCCGAUUGCUGCACAGCACAAGUGUCGGCGUUGGAACCGUCUCGUCGAGCGUUUUUUUCGAAAACGCAUCGUUUCACUCCGUGGAGUAGUCGCAAUUCGAUCGAGGGUGUGUGUUUUCUUGCGUCACCUACGGUAUUUGUCCCUUUGUCGGCGCUGAUGCCCCUUCCGUUUGGCUGGUGCCGCCGUUUUCGUUCAAAUGUUGGUACUUUCAUCCUAGCCUAUUGUUUGUUAUAUUUGGGGCUGGGCGUUGUGUGU